CUUCUCGAUCCCACUGGGAACACCGGGAGCAGCGGCGGGCACAGAGCGGGGGCUGCCCGCGGCGCCGCCUGACUGAAAAAAAAAAGACAACAACAACCCUCCGGAGGUUCGGCGGAGGUUCCGGGGCGGGGUGUCCGCGGCGCUGCCUGCGCGGACGGCGCGAGGUCCCGGCGUGCCCGCGGCGGUGCCUGUGUGGAAGUGCGGCCGGGGCCGCCCAGGGCCGGGGCCGGCGCUGGCGGGGGGCCCGGGGGGCCCGGCCGGGGGGCGGCGGGACGGGCAGCACGACCAGGAGGAGGAAGAGGAGGAGGAGGAACAGCAGGAGCAGCAGCAGCGGGAGCGCGGCCCGGACGCGAUGGACCAGUGCGUGACGGUGGAGAGGGAGCUGGAGAAGGUGCUGCAGAAGUUCUCGGGAUACGGGCAGCUCUGCGAGCGCAGCCUGGAGGAGCUGAUCCAGUACGCGGGAGGGCUGCGCAGGGAGAUCCUGCAGACAGAGAAUCAAGAUGGAGACUUGUCAGGGACGAUUUCACUUGUUAUGACACAGUGUUGUAAAAGAAUAAAAGACACAGUCCAAAAACUGGCCUCCGACCAUAAGGACAUUCACAGCAGUGUAUCCCGAGUUGGAAAAGCCAUUGAUAAGAACUUUGACUCGGACAUCAGCAGUGUGGGCAUAGAUGGGUGCUGGCAGGCUGACAGCCAGAGGAUCCUCAACGAGGUGAUGGUGGAGCACUUCUUCCGGCAGGGAAUGCUGGAUGUAGCUGAGGAACUUUGUCAGGAAUCUGGUCUAUCAAUAGAUCAAAGUCAAAAAGAACCGUUUGUGGAGUUAAAUCGAAUAUUGGAAGCAUUAAAAGUUAGAGUUCUGAGACCUGCACUAGAGUGGGCGGUAUCCAACAGAGAAAUGCUCAUGGCACAGAACAGUUCGUUGGAAUUUAAGCUGCACAGAUUAUAUUUCAUUAGUUUAUUGAUGGGGGGAACAGCAAAUCAAAGAGAAGCACUUCAGUACGCGAAAAACUUCCAGCCAUUCGCCCUAAAUCAUCAGAAAGACAUUCAGGUGUUGAUGGGCAGCCUGGUGUACCUGCGGCAAGGCAUCGAGAACUCCCCGUACGUUCACCUGUUGGAUGCAAACCAGUGGGCUGACAUCUGUGACAUCUUCACAAGGGAUGCCUGUGCUCUCCUGGGCCUCUCAGUGGAAUCACCUCUCAGUGUUAGUUUUUCAGCAGGUUGUGUAGCAUUACCAGCUCUAAUUAAUAUCAAGGCAGUUAUUGAACAAAGGCAGUGCACGGGCGUUUGGAACCAGAAGGACGAACUCCCGAUUGAAGUGGACCUUGGUAAAAAGUGCUGGUAUCAUUCAAUAUUUGCCUGUCCCAUCCUUCGUCAGCAAACAACAGAUAAUAAUCCACCUAUGAAAUUAGUCUGUGGUCAUAUUAUAUCAAGAGAUGCUUUGAAUAAAAUGUUUAAUGGCAGCAAAUUAAAAUGCCCCUAUUGUCCAAUGGAACAGAGCCCUGGAGAUGCCAAACAGAUAUUUUUCUGAAGAAAAGUUUCAUUAUGCAGUUUGUAAGUGACACUCUGGAUUUCAGGUGCAUUUCAGGAGAAUUAAAACACAUUUGUUCCCUUUUAUGCAGCAGACUGAGGACUCCUGUGUUUGUAUAAGCUAAUGCUACAGAAACUUUGCCAACAUUUAGUAUAUACAUACCAAGUGGAAAUGCUACAGAAAUAUUAUUACCAUAGGGCUUUACUAUACUCUUGGUCUCCAUACCUGAUCAAGUUACUACACCAGCAGUUGUCAUUCAAUGCAGGUUUUUGUACUUAUAAUUAUAUGGUGACUUUUUACUUUUUAAAGGCAGAAAUUGAUCACCCCCAUUUGUUUAAUAUUCUUCCUGCUAUUAUUCUAUCAUUUUAUUGAUAACUGUCAUCUUAGAGAAUGUUUGUGGACAAAGUUUUAUUUCCUGUAAUGUGUACAUAAUUAAAGGUAAAUACUUCAGAAAAAAAAAAGGUUUGAUAAAUUGAAUAGUCGUUAUAAAACUAAUUUGUAUUUUUUUCGCUGAAAAUGCUGUGAUAUAUUCUGAGUUUUUCUUUCAAACAUUUUUUCAACUUUUACAUAGAAUUCAAAGUAAAUGUGCAUAUAUAUAAAGUAUAUAAAAUAUAGCCCCAAGGGGCUACCUGUUAAAAUCCAUCACUAAUUUAUAAGGGUGAUGUGUGGCUAAACUACUACUGGGGCAGAGAGGGAAUAGGUAAUCCUGUUCCUUUGGUUUCACGAUGGAGAAGUGUUUGUGUAAGAGAACACUCAAUAAAUUCUGAAGUGGAAAUGCUUUUAGUCGAUGACAUUUGCUCUCUGGCCUUUGUAGUCAUGUUCUUUGAACUUUGUAUUCAGGAUUAGGCUAUAAAUGUCAUGUUGCUGUAUAGUUUAAUAGUCCUUAUAGUGUGCUAUUUAUAAACAGUUAUCAAAACCAAAUAAAUUGUAGAAGUAUUCAUUGUUAAAUGGGGGGAAAGCAUGUUCUGAUGCAACCUACUGAUCACAACUCUGCACUUGGCAGAACUGGGCCCUACAUCAUAUAUUAGGAGGUAGCAAGUUUUCUGUAGCUUGAGAACACUUUGCUUCUAGCCUUGUUUUUGUAGUAGAAUAUUACUGCCAUUGCCACUUUUUCUGCUGAAUUUGUCAUAUUGUUGACUAGGUAAAUUUGUACUCAUAACGGAGACGUAGAUCAUGGCAGUUAAAUCUUUUUUAGUGUGCAUAUAUUUGUAUUUAUUGCACUGUCCUAUAGUAGGGCAAGCAGCCAUAAGGCAUGCAAAGCUACAUGUAAAAUUAUAUUUCUGUAUUGUGUAGUUAAAAAAAACAAAACAACCAACCAACCCCAAGCUUCUGUGGUUGAACACUGACACACUGGUUGAAUGCACUAGCACAAAUGCACUACAGAGAAGACCGUCUUUGGGAAAUCUACACCUUUUGAAUUUGUCUGUCACCUGACUGGAGACACUGAGUCGGACUCUUAUCGGAUCAGUGACAAUGGACAAACCUACAGAGACAUUAAAAAGAGGAGCGAGUCAAGGCACACAAAUUUUAAACUUCAGAUGUGUUUGAUAACAUGUGAAAAAUACAGGUGUGUGAUUUUUUUUUUUUUUUCCUCUGCAAAACUUACAUUGUAUUCACACUGAGUUCAAAACAGCCGCGUUACCAAGUGGUAAAAUCAACAAUAAACGGGUGAGGAUAUUAUUUUCCAUGUA